UUUUAAGAUAAGAUUCGUUGGUAAAAAAUAGAUUUGCUACUAUUGAGACUCUGAUUUUUCUUCAUGUUUCAGGAAAUAUCAUGCAAGCCUUUCCUUUUGCUUUUUGAAUAGGACAAGAUAUUAUAUUUUGUGGAAUAUUCUUUACUGUGCUUGUCCUAUCCUAUCUCACAAUUUCUUAAUUUAUUAUUUUGUACAAAAUAUUUCUGAACUAUCUGUCUACUUUGUCGUGCUCUCUUAAUCGUCCAUCAUAAUUAACCCAGUUCGUUAUUUAUUCCAAAAGCUUCAACAUUUCAGGCAUUUAAAAUUUUAUUUGUGCAAGGCUGAUCCAAAACUUCAGAAGGGAAAAAAUCUAUCCUGGCCUUUGUUUUGCUAAAAAAUAAAGGCUGCCCCCUCACCUUUACACAAAAGCUCACUUUACCAUCUCCAUUUUGUCUUCAUCCUAUUUACUCCAAAUUUCAAAUGCUGGAAUAACUUAAUCCCUGCAAGUAACCUGUUAUAUAAUUGAAGAUUGAAGGGCGAUUUCUGGUCCUGCAUCUAGUGCUGACACAAGUGGUGCAGAUGUGGAGGAGGACAAGGGAAAGUCUGAGAUAUACAGUCAUAAUAUGACAGAAGCUAUGGGUGCUGUUUUGACCUAUAGGCAUGAACUAGGAAUGAACUUCAACUUCAUUUGUCCAGAUUUGAUUGUAGGAUCAUGCCUACAGACUCCUGAAGAUGUUGACAAGCUUCGAGAAAUAGGAGUGAAAACAAUAUUCUGCUUGCAACAGGACCCAGACUUGGAAUAUUUCGGGGUAGAUAUCAGUGCCAUUCAUGAGUAUGCCCAGAAAUGUGGUGAUAUUCAGCAUCUACGUGCAGAAAUAAGGGACUUUGAUGCAUUUGAUUUACGGAUACGGCUUCCAGCAGUGGUCUGUAAAUUAUAUAGAGCUGUAAACCGAAAUGGAGGUGUGACAUAUAUACAUUGCACUGCUGGGCUAGGAAGAGCUCCUGCUGUUGCAAUGGCAUACAUGUUUUGGGUUCAGGGCUACAAACUCGGUGAAGCUCAUGAUUUGCUUCUGAGUAAGCGCUCAUGCUUCCCUAAGAUGGAUGCUAUAAAAAGUGCCACUGCUGAUAUACUUACAGGUCUUAGGAAGGGGCUUGUUACACUGACAUGGAAAGAUGACAACUGCUCAACAGUGGAAAUUUCUGGACUUGAUAUUGGAUGGGGCCAGAGAAUUCCUUUAAAUUUGAAUGAGGAAGAGGGUUUGUGGACUCUGGAAAGGGAAUUGCUGGAAGGACGCUAUGAGUACAAAUACAUUAUUGAUGGUGAAUGGACGAUUAACGAACAUGAGCUGUUUACUGCUCCCAACAAAGAUGGGCACGUCAACAAUUAUAUUCAAGUUCUGAAUGAGAGUACUGAGGGCAUCAGCGCAGCGGUUCGCGAGAGGUUGACCGGUGAUGAUCCAGAUCUAACAACGGAUGAACGGUCGAAAAUACGAGAGUUUCUGAAAACUCUUCCUGAUGAUGAUGAGUAAAUUGAAAAAGAUAAGGUACACCAGUCUACAUAUAAAGAUGUAAUGAAAUGUUAUAUCCAUAAAUGCAUGCUAAAUUUUUGCAAGUGUAAUAAAUCUCAAUGAAGUCAUAUGUUGAAUAAAAAUAGCUAUAGCAAUUUUAUGUUGAGCAA